AUGUCUAAGACAGCGAAAGGAACCGUCGUCGCCAACCAACAAAACACGUUCCAAGCAACGUUCACUACCGCUGACGGAUUCACGCGCACUUUCAGUGCCACCAUCAAUCCCCCCGUUCCUAAGUUUAGGAUUGAUGACGCGAACCUGACCUACAACGACGAGGAUCAGUUGACCGGCACAGACAACUAUUACGGCACAAUCGGGACUGACAUCGACAUUGCCCUUGCGAAAGGGCCCACUAUUACUGGGAAACUUGUCAAUCCCAUGGUACCAACCAACAGCAUCAUCGGUGGUGGUCCUUGGGGUAUGAGCUCGUAG